CAGCAAUUCAACAUGACAGAGGCGAAAGGAGCAAGCACACCUAUGGGUACAGCCUAUCCAAAGUUAGAAGGAGAAGAUGAUCUUCUCACAUCCAAUGAACAAUACAGACAAGCAGUGGGGGCACUUCUCUACAUUGCAACCACUACACGUCCAGACAUUGCAGCCAGCAUGUCUCUUCUUUGCAGGCGAGUUGAUAAACCACGUCAAAGAGACUGGAAUGCGAUCAAAAGAGUUAUGAGCUAUCUGAAACAGACAAAAGACUUAAAUUUGAAACUGUCAGCAAGUGGUGAUUUAAACCUUGUGGGAUAUGUGGACUCCGAUUGGGCAGGUGAUAACAGCACACGCAAAUCCACAAGUGGUUACUUAUUAAAAUUGGGAGAAAGUCCUAUAUCAUGGUCCAGCAAGAAACAGAUGUCAGUGGCAUUGUCCUCUACAGAAGCCGAAUACAUAUCUGCAGCUUAUGCCAGUCAAGAAGUUGUGUGGUUACAGCAAUUACUCAAGGAUCUUGGAGAAGCAACAUCAGAACCUACCUCUUAUUUGAGGACAAUCAGGGUUGCAUUAAGCUUGCAACAAGUGAGAAGAUUAAUGGAAGAACCAAGCACAUCGAUGUCAGACAUCAUUACAUUCAUGACUUAGUUGAUCAAAAAGUGAUUGAACUU